GUAAUAUCGUUUGCUCCUAGCGCUUAUACAAAUUCCAGAUGUACGAGUACUAAGCUUGUAGACAAUAGAUAAUUUUUUACCUAGCCUGUAAGUUUCCACGGUAUAAAUGAUCUCAUUUGGUAACGAAAAUUCCGCUGUAUGACAACAACUCAUACCCGCUGCUCAACUUGUAAUAUGUGGACUUGACUAUUGCCCUCCGCCUACAUGGCCAAGUCGAUAUUUGAGGGUUGAAUUCAUUGAUUUGUGAAUACUUUAAGCAGCUGAUCGCCUUAUUAACUGUGAUAGUCUCCUGAUUGAUUGAGUGACCCUUCAAGGUUGUCAGUAGGUUGUAUUUUUCCCACAAAUUUGUGUUCAUUUCUAUAUGAGAGCAAUAUGAAUGUUCACAUCGUAGUUAAUACUGUCCUAUGGUUAUUAAGAUCCACAACAUUAUAAGACAAUGUGUAUCAGUGUAAUUCUUUAUCAAGAAGUAAUAUGUGACUCCAAGUUCUCCUGAAUAGCAAUAUCAGUGGAUGCUUUUGAAUAAAGAAGGCCUUAAUGAGCAUUUAAAAUUUUAAAUAUUCACAUAUAAUGUAUUGAUAGUUCAGUUAUUUGCAAAGUAUAUACAUUUUGCGGUGUGUAACUCCUUUUUUAGGUACAAAAUAAUAAUUCGGUUUUGUCGUGAAUUCUCUGUUUGAUGUCGUUCUAGUCUUUGGGUGUUUGAAUAUGAAAGUUAUCAUUCUCCUAUGGCUGCAAAGAGAAAUCGACAUGUACUAAAUUGGACUACUGAAGAUGUUGUCAAAUGGUUAUACAGAUAUGCCAGUCCAGUUGGUGCAAAGUACUCUAAGCUGUUCGAAACAAACAAGAUUAAUGGAAUGUGUUUGCGCCUUAUGACGGAUGAGUGGCUUCUUCGAUUGGGAAUAGUCGAUCAAAAUGAUAGGUCAGCGCUUAUGAGUCAUAUUUAUCGAAUGCGUCUGAAGUAUGAUUCUUCAGAUUUGUCGGAUAUGCUUAAAAAUAAUUAAUGAUCGCAGUUUGUAUGAAUAAACAUUUUGAUUUAAAA